AUGGCAACUGUCUUUGUACCCCCUUCGCCACGAAACUCUAUGGCCAUGGCGACUCGUCGUCCACUCGCAAACGUACCGAAUGCAACCAAUUCUCCACACAGGGCAGGGCUCUUGCCAGUUAAACGAGCUCGCUCUACCCAAAUGGAGAUCCCGUACGGACAGCCACCGCCGAAGAAGCAAGUGAUGGAGAACAUGGAAUAUGAGACUCGUCCCACCACCUGCCAGAACACGAACACGGAGUCGAAACUCUUCGCGCGGCGAUCGAACAACGGAAAUCCUAGCGCGUUCGAGAAGAAGCUCGUCGCAGCUAGGGAGAAGGAACGCCAACCGCAAGUGAAGCAUGUCAAGGCCGAGAAGGCUCCAGCAGAUACCAUGGACUCCAUUCGACAAUGGCAACGGCACUAUAGGAAAGCGUUCCCUCAGUUCGUGUUUUACUUCGAUAGCAUCCCUGAAGAUGUCAGACGCCGGUUCUGUCGCCAAGUCAAUGCUCUUGGAGCUCGUGAGGAGAAGUUUUUCUCGCAACCGGAGUCCACUGCAGACGUUAGCAACGGUGAUAGCAACGUCCAAACCGUCAACCCUUCACUCCUAGAGAGAAACGGCGAGACCCACCUGCAUGCUUCUUUAAAGACCGAGACACGUCGUGAUCAAGGCACCAUGGACAUUUUGCAAAGGGCCCGACAGAUGGGCAUGAAAAUCUGGGCUUUGGAAAAGCUUCAGCGUAUGAUCACUACCAUCAACGACAGUGAUAUCGGUGCCCAGUAUGAACAAGCUGCUCGGAACAAGGCCGCUGGUAGUCACGCAGUCAACGGAAAGGGCGAGAAUGACCUAUCACGGGUCCUUCGCCAGGAGCUUCUCAACGGACCUUCUGACCGCGACCCAUUGGCAUCAAUGGAAAUGCUAAUGUUCAAAGGACCAUUUGUCUACAUCCAUGACAUGAACGAGAAGACCAAACCAGUCAUGGUUCGAGAAUACUCCCGAGUCGCUAGGCGCCAGGAUGGAGCUUGGCCACAGUUCCGAAGCGCUCCCCUCGGAAAGUGUCCAUUCAUAGAUGAGCCCCCGAGUAGGAAGGAAUAUGAUCGACACCGAUUACGUCAACUCCAUAAAGAGAAGAAGGCUGCCUCUCAACGGGCUGAUGGAACUCGCGAUGCUAAGCCAAAAGCAGCUGUGCCAGCCCAACAAGCGCCCGAAUCGGUGACUACAACAGAGGUCGCACAUUCCCAGCCAUUAGCGAAACAAGAGGAGCGUAUUUCACCUCCAGUUCAAAACGGAAUCCAAAAGCCGUCAUUUGAUGAAACUCAUGAACGGAAGAGUUCUGAAAGCUUCAUUCCUCCCCACUUCCCUCGCACGGGGCCCUUCUAUACUGGUCGUGAGCCAGCUGCCUCAGGUGUUCAGCCGUCGAACAUGACAUCCGCAAUUCGCUCACAAAUGAUCUCAUCUACUGCUGCAGCACCUGGCGCGAAAGCUGGGCUCAGCAAGGAGGUUCAUGGGCUCAAGCGCAAGGUUCUCGAGAAGGGAACAGGUGGGUUCGCCACGGGAUCGAUGGCGGCUCCGCAACGCCGUGGGGAUGGGUCUGCGACAGUUCCGAUGAAGAACAACAUCAACCCCCCAGGGAAGCCCAUCCUUCUCAAUGAGGAUGAAGCAAAGCAGUCUGAGGUGGCUGGGUCAAAGCGACAAAGGGAGGACAAAGAUGAGCAAAAGAAACCCGAACGCCGCAGAGAUCCAAAACCUGGCUAUUGUGAGAACUGCAGGGACAAGUUCGACGAUUUUGAAGAGCACACUCUGACUCGCAAACAUCGCCGAUUUGCCACGAACGCCAGCAACUGGGCUGAACUCGAUGCGUUGCUCUCUGAAAUUCAGCGCCCACUCAAGGCCGAAUACGAAUAUGAUGAAUAG